GCGGGACAACAUGGCAGGAACUUUCCGUGUAGCAGUUAGCUUCUAAGGUACAAUCACUUAAACGUUGCUUGUUAGCCUCAUUUUUCAGUAAAUGUAGUCUGUUUAACGUUAACGUCAACACUAUUGAGCUCUUAAAACUUUACUUACACUGCUCAUGUUGAAUGUCCGGUAUUUAUUAAGGAACGCGUCUAGAAAGAUGUGUAGCUAACGUUAACCAAACGGGUGCUAAUGUUAGUUUGCUAACUUUGCUAACUAGUAAACACGCCGCAGUCUGGGGGCUUGAACUCAUAAGUGGAUGAAAAAAAGUGGGGGUUUGAGGAUCCUUAACUUCUGGAAGGGAUGAAGAAGUGGAACUGGAGAGAAAGACAGCGACAGAACCGGCGACAAGGCGGCGGUCAGCGGCACGAAUGGUACAGAGGCAGCCGACAAAGAUCAGCACAGGACGAACACUGGUACGGACAUAAUGAUGCAGGACCAUCAAACAGAGAAUCUCAGCGGAGAUAUGAUCACCAGUCUGCCUCUGCUUCUUCACCGUCUUCAUCUUCCUCCUCCUCAUCCUCCUCUGCAGACAGUAGUGCUGCACCAGAACUGCCAGGUUUCUACUUCGACCCAGAGAAAAACCGUUACUUCCGCCUAUUGCCUGGACACAACAACUGUAACCCGCUGACCAGAGAGAAGCUGCAGGAGAAGGAAAAGGAGAAACAGAGAAACAAGAUGCUGGCAGAGGACGACAAGCUGAGAAAAAAAGCACCAAGAUCAGGACUGAACACUUCACUGCUGCUGCAGAAACGACAUCUUGGUCUGUUACCUGAGAACUCCUAUUGCAGGCUCGUCCAUGAGGUGAAGGUCAGCGGGAUGAGACGCCACAAACUAGAGAUCGAGAGCGCAGACAGCAGCACCCCAAACACUGACAACUUCAGACUUAUAGUGGGGGAUUCGGCCUGCGAGCGAGUCUUCACAGUCAACGAUGUUUCUCAUGGUGGCUGCAAAUACGGCAUCAUGAACUUCAGCAGCAGCAGUCGAGGAUCUCUGUCUGUGGAGAUGUGCGAUAACCUCUACUUCACCAACCGCAAGGUGAAUUCUAUCUGCUGGGCCUCAGUCAACUACCCCGAUUCUCAUGUUCUGCUGUGUUUAGUGGGAGUGGCAGAUACUCCAGGUUGCGUCAGUUUACUUCCUGCUUCCCUCUUCAGCAACUCCAACCCAGAUCAGCCUGGGAUGCUUUGCAGCUUUAAAAUAUCCACAGCCUGGUCUUGUGCUUGGUGUCUCAAUCCUCAGUUUGAUAAGACUUUCAGCACCGGUUUGUCCCGCAGGGUCAUUGUGAAGGACGCAGAGACGGGUCGAACUCAGACGUACAGCGUCGGCAGCGAUGUCUUGGCUCAACAGUUUGCCCUUAGAGUUCCAGUCCUGUUUAACGGGUGCAGGUCGGGGGAGAUCUUUAGCAUCGACCUCCGGCAGCGAGGCCGCAGAGAUCAGAGCUGGAAGGCAAACCGCUUCCAUCAGGAAUCAGCCAUCACAUCCGUACGCGUCCUGGAGGAUGAAAACUACCUGCUGGCUGCUGACAUGCUGGGCCAGAUCAAGCUGUGGGAUGUUCGAGUCUCAAAGCCAGUGCAGGAGUACAGAGGUCAUCACAACGAACACGCUUACCUUCCCAUCCACGUCAAUGAGCGUGAAGGGCUUUUAUUGGCAGUGGGUCAGGACUGCUACACUCGGCUGUGGAGCCUAAAGGACGGUCAUCUCCUGAGAACCAUCCCAUCGCCACAUCCAGCUGCUAAUGACUUGAUCCCCAGCGUCGUCUUGUCCUCUAACCUGGGAGGCUGUAGAGGGUUGCCAGGUCUGCUCAUGGCCGUCAAACACGACCUCUACUACUUCCCGUACAACACCGACUACCAGGAUGGAGCAGAGCUGAAGGACGGACUUUAGGAGCUACUUCUGCCGACAUGCUGUAGAGUAAAAAGGCUGGGCAAAGUUGUUGUGUGACGAUUUCUUAACCCAUCAGCCUGUAUGCAGUUAAUUUACAAGAAGUUGUACCUAACUUCAGACUGGAAAUAUGACCUUGGAAAAGUUGCAUUUAAAUCUCAGGGGGAUGUUUUUUUUCACAGUUUAUUUCGUGCCAAAAUGAAAUCAAAGUGCUGCACAGUUACACCCUGUUCAGAAUAAGUGCACUUACUUAUAACAUGAUUGAUUUUGAUUUUUAAAUAUUCCAUAUUCUGCUUGUUGGUUUUUUUAAUUUCGUUUAGGUUGUUAAAGAGCUGCUUUUUUGUGCACGUAAAAGAUCUGCAAACUUACAGUUAUUCUCAAGCGAGUCCAUAACUACUCUACCAGUGCAGUAGUGUGCAUGUAUGUAAUAUGUAGAUGCUGACCUACUGCACAUGUACGGAACAAAGUCCUCCAAACAGACAGAAAAAAAUGUAGAAUAAAGGCUAAUUCAUGCUUUCUGUGUCUGCAAGGCUCAGCAUUUUGUGCAUUUUGUCAUCCACUCUUAAUGCUUGUGUCUAUCCCAAAAUUUAAGACUGCAGACUGAAGAUGUUCCAGGAAUUGUGCUUAAUUCUUACUAUGGAGAGGCUGUAAAUGGAGAUUUAAUACCUUCAUAAUUCAUCAUUAACAGAUGCACUUGAAGUAGUUGCUGCAGGACUUUGGAGGUGCUUUGAUUUGUAAAUGCUAUCCAUCACUGGAGCAAAAACACAGAGGAAAGUACUAAAUUCUCCAGAUAUCCUGUGCUGUGUCCACACACUCAAGAAUAAAUACAUGAACACUAUGCUGCAGUCCAAUGUGGAAGCAGCUGCUAUAUCGUGUAAAAGAGCAAAGUCACAACCUUUUAGAAACAUCCACAAGAGUGUUUUUCAGUGUUCAGUAUGAGGGGCAACCGGAUACUUGAUUAUACUCCCUUGCAGACACCAUGGAUGCAUAGCUGUUGCUGUUUUACUGCUUUUCUAGUCUGCUUGGAGGACUCGGUUGCAUUCAUGCAUGUGCAGCAGGGAUCUACAUAUUCUGAGCAUGCACACUGUUGCCCUUGAACUUUAGCCACUGCACACACUUUCACGAACUUUACAAAAUUUAUAUCGUGUAGAUCUUCGUGCACUUGGAUGUGGGAAGUUUAUUGCUGGCCUGAAUAGAACUGCAUGUGCUGUCCGCUUUCCACACAUCAGUCAUGCAGAAGCCCUGAAUUACACAUCUGUUGUGUCUCAACUGCUCUUUACAUGCCUUAAAUGCCUUCAUUGAAGUCCAGGCUUUUCGUGUAAAACUACUCUAAACAUGUGAGAUUUGAUUCUGAAGAAGAAUGAUUCAGAAAGCCCCAUCCUGGAAGUCGAACGCAUUGGUUCCUUAAAUUUAUUAUGUAUGAAACCCUCUGGGGUCUGAAUCCAUGUUUUUGAAGACCGUCAUUGGUGCAGAGCAGCUUCAAGGUGGAAAUGCUCAGCCAUGACUCUGAUGUCCAGUAUAUAAAAAGCACCAUAUGGACAUGGCACCAAGUUUAAAAAACUUUUUACUAGAGGAGGUCUUUUAAAGCUGCAGGCAUGAAGCAGUUUGCACAUCUAAGCAUAAAAACUACAAACAAGAUGAGGCCCUUCCAGCCUGGCUCUGUCCAAAGAGGAAAAAUGUUUCAACCAGCAUCUCUAAAUCUCACAAUUCAACAAGCCUCAUAAACAUGUCAUCUCAUGUUAUUACUUUAA